AUUUAAUAGUUGGAGUGUUUGGAGCAGACAAAGCUGUUUUAUUCAGAUCUCGUCCCGUGAUAGGUGUGAAUGCUACGCUAGACAUAACCCCUCAAAUCAUCAACCCGGAGGAGAAGAACUGCCAGAUUUCCAGUACCAACACGUUUGUGUCAUGUUUUAAGGUGAAGUACUGUCUGGCUGCCUUUGGCAGUGGAGCUCCACAGACUCUGAAUUUUCGUGUGGACAUCACAUUGGACCGUCUGAAGCAGAAGGAGACAACUAAACGAGCCCUCUUCCUGCACAGUCGGACUUCUCAGUACACUAAGAACACAACAGUGAACAAUGACAGGACCCUGGCCUGUGAGGAGCAGGAAGUCUUCCUGAGG